UCGGCGGCGGGGCCCGGGGCGGGCGAUAUAGCCGCUGGGCGGCGGCGCUACUGCGCUGGGGUAGCAGCGUGGCGGGCGGGGGCCGAGACCUAGACUGCCGAGCAGCGGGCACCCGGGAGGCCCAGAGCGAGGCGAACGCCAUGAGCCGCAAAUGCGACGUGGUCGUGGUGGGGGGCGGCAUCUCAGGCCUGGCGGCGGCCAAGCUUCUACAUGACUCUGGCCUGAAUGUGGUUGUUCUGGAAGCCCGGGACCGGGUGGGAGGCAGGACUUACACCAUCAGGAACCAAAAGGUUAAGUACGUGGACCUUGGAGGAUCUUACGUUGGGCCAACUCAGAAUCGUAUCUUAAGAUUAGCCAAGGAGCUAGGAUUGGAGACCUACAAAGUGAAUGAGGUAGAGCGUCUCAUCCACCAUGUAAAGGGCAAAUCAUACCCCUUCAGCGGCCCCUUCCCACCUGUGUGGAACCCAAUUGUGUACCUGGAUCAUAACAACCUCUGGAGGACGAUGGAUGCCAUGGGGCGAGAGAUACCCAGUGACGCCCCGUGGAAGGCACCCCUUGCGGAGGAGUGGGACCACAUGACAAUGAAGGAGCUGCUGGACAAGAUCUGCUGGACAGAAUCUGCCAAGCAGCUGGCCACUCUCUUUGUGAACCUGUGUGUCACUGCAGAGACUCAUGAGGUCUCUGCGCUCUGGUUCCUGUGGUAUGUGAAGCAGUGUGGGGGCACAACCAGGAUCAUCUCCACAACCAAUGGAGGGCAGGAGAGGAAAUUUGUGGGCGGAUCUGGACAAGUGAGUGAGCGAAUAAUGGACCUCCUUGGAGACCAAGUGAAGCUGGAGAGGCCCGUGACGCACAUUGACCAGACUGGAGAAAAUGUCCUUGUGGAGACCCUCAACCAUGAGGUGUAUGAGGCUAAGUAUGUGAUUAGCGCUGUUCCUCCUAUUCUGGGCAUGAAGAUUCAUUUCGAUCCCCCCCUGCCAAUGAUGAGAAACCAGCUGAUCACUCGUGUGCCUUUGGGUUCAGUCAUCAAGUGUAUGGUUUAUUAUAAGGAGCCCUUCUGGAGGAAGAAAGAUUACUGUGGAACCAUGAUUAUUGAAGGAGAGGAGGCUCCAAUUGCCUACACGUUGGAUGAUACCAAACCUGAUGGCAGCUAUGCCGCCAUAAUGGGAUUUAUCCUUGCCCACAAAGCCAGAAAACUGGCACGUCUUACCAAAGAGGAAAGGAUGAAGAAACUGUGUGAGCUCUAUGCGAAAGUUCUGGGCUCCCAAGAAGCUUUGCAACCCGUGCACUAUGAAGAGAAGAACUGGUGUGAGGAACAGUACUCCGGGGGCUGCUAUACCACCUAUUUCCCCCCUGGGAUCAUGACUCAAUAUGGAAGGGUUCUGCGACAGCCUGUGGGCAAGAUUUAUUUCGCUGGCACUGAGACAGCCACGCACUGGAGUGGUUACAUGGAGGGGGCCGUGGAGGCUGGGGAGAGAGCAGCCCGGGAGAUCCUGCAUGCCAUGGGGAAGAUCCCUGAGGAUGUCUGGCAGUCAGAACCAGAGUCACUGGACGUCCCUGCGCAGCCCAUCACCACGACCUUCUUGGAGAGACAUUUGCCCUCCGUGCCAGGCCUGCUGAGGCUCAUUGGGUUGACCGCCAUCUUUUCAGCAACCGCCCUUGGCUUCCUGGCCCACAAAAGGGGUCUACUGGUGCGGGUCUAACCAGUGUGUGGGUUGGGGGCAGGGGUUGUAAUGAGGUUCCAAAAAGAUGUAAAGACUGUAGAAUGACGUGGGGAGCGUGAAGAUAAGUCAGACUUCUGACCAUAAGAAACACGGUAUGUCCAUUUCCAGUUGACCCCUGCAUAUAGUCCCUUACCUGGCUUCAUGCUCUUUCUUGCCCAUUUCCAAGUUUACUGCGCUCAGAAUCUUUCUAGUAGUUAAACAGGCUUCUUAAAAUCCUCACUGUGCCACGAUGCACCUUGCCCAUGCACAAAAAACUAGUUUUUUCCCCAUCUCUGUGGCUUUGUGCUGGUCCUUUCUCUUAGGUGUAACAUCCUUUUUGUCCAAAUUCUCUGCACUUGUCCUUCGAAUCCUGUAUUGUUAUAGCUGGGCCUUAGAGAAUAUCUAGUCUUCACUUUCUUUUGUAGUGUUGAUCAAGCCAAGGCCAGGAGAGUUGGAACUUAAAUCGCCCAAGUUUCACAAUAAGCCACCUGUAUCUAGGGGACUAGAACACAAGUCCAUUGCUUCUCCCAUCCCCCCCAGGGUGUAUGCCCCAGUCACCCUCUUCCACUCCCUGCCAUGGUCAUCGAUGGUGUCCCUUUGUGUGGGUUUAUGCCAUACUAAGUUGUUAGGUGCUCCUCAGUGCUACUCAGUAUACAUCUUUAAAGUAUUACUGUCUUGUGCAGUGUGUCUUCAGCUGAUUUCAGUUUCUUUGAGGAUAGGAAUCUUGCUUUUUCUUCCUUUUGUAUCCUCCCAUUAUGUCUGGAUACAAAGUUCAGUAUGUAUUUGUGCAAUUAAAAUAAACUCGAUUGACCAGA